AUGCCUUUACCCUCAAAUAUAGCUUGUCCAUUUCAUUCUAAUUAAUAGUAUUAUAUUUCAGCAGUUUGCCUAUACGCCCAUUGUGAACAUCAACCAGCUCUAUGUGUGGCAUGUCAAAAAGACUUUCAUUCAGAUCAUUAAUAAUUUUGUUAUACUUUUCAAGAAAUCGAAGAAAAAACCAAGAAUUUAGAUUCAGUUAUGGAUAUCAAAUAAUCCUAUAUGAUAUUUAAGAAGGAAAUAAUCGAUUUGCUAAAUUUCAUAGGAUUAACCAUUCAGCAAUCAACAUUUUCGUUUCAUUCUCGAUUUCUGUCAUCAGAAUAUAAAUAAAUUAGCUAGUAAACAAUUAACGAACUUGGAAAUGCCUUGCGAAACACCCAAGAAUAAAUAUCUAAAAGACAUUAAAUCAUCUCCUAUUUCAAUGAGUUUUUAGCUGAGUUCGAGAAAAGGACCAAGUAAUUCACAGGAUAGAUUAAAUAUUAAUAUCCCAAACAAUAAAAGAAUGUAAAGAAUAUUUAGAGAGACGACACAAAAUCUAGAUUAGUAAAAAGAAAUUCUGAAAUCAUCAGUAAUUCCAGAUCCAAUAAUACAUCUAAGGUUGAAUUAAGCAAAAUCUCCAGAGCACAAUCAGAUUUCUCUAUUGAUAAUAACUCUAAAUUUCUUCAACAAUUGGAUUUCAAUAAAAUCCUAUUUAGAUUAGAUUUUAAUCAAAUCUAAGGAUAGGCUAAUAUUAUCAAUGACUAUUCUAUUAAAUCAACUACUGGCUGUAUCGCCUUAUUGCAUCCUCCUCUAAAUGAUAUAAUCAAUAAUUACAUCAAGUUAUCCUUCAAAAUUCAAAAAUGCCAAGGAUUAGUUUGCAUAGGGGUUGCUACAAAUACUUAGAAAUGUAGCUUUGCUAAUCUAGAUUCCAAAGGAAAAGUUUACACUAGCUGGAAUUUCUUAGAACAUAAUAAACAAUCUACUAUCAAAUUUGGAUAAUCAGAUACAAUUAUUUGUUAUGUGAAUAAACAUUAAAAAACAGUUGAAUUUUCUAAAAACGAUGUAUUGAUUUGA